AUGAAUUAUCAACAACACAAUUCUUCAGUUGGAAGGGGAGAUGGUAAUGGUAUUGGUAAAGGAAACAAAAAUAAUUUUAGUUAUGGGGUGGUAGAGGAAACAUCACUGGACGAGGAGUGUGGUAAGCAAGGUCAUAUGACGUUUGAGUGCAAGGAUGCUGCAAUUACUUGUUUUAAUUAUCAACAACAAGGCCACAUCAGCACUGCAUGCCCCAAUCCAAAGAUAACUCCACAACAAGGAAUACAAAUUUCCCAAGCCAGUCGACCUAAAUGUAAUGAAAGAGUUUUUGCCCUUAGUGGUGCAGGAGCGUUUGAGAAAGACAACUUGAUCCAAUGUACAUGUCUCAUAAGUGAUACUCCUUUAUUUUAUGAUUUGAUUGUGAAUACACCAACUAGUAAUUAUGUUGACACCUCUAGUGUUUGUCUUGACAUUCCUAUCCAUGUGUGUGAAAGGGACUUCCAAAUUGACUUACCGUGUUUACAUGUCCGUCUAGUCAAUGUGAUUCUCGAAAAAGUGGUAGUUCAAGAUGUUCCUAUUGUGUGUGAAUUCCUUGAAGUAUUUUCUAAAGAUGUCAAUAGUUUGCCACCAAAGCAUGAGACUGAGUUUAACAUUGACCUUGUACUAGGUACUGGACCCAUAUCCAUGGCACCGUAUAGGAUGUCUUCAUUUGAAUUCUUUGAGUUUAAGAAGCAAUUGAAGGAGCUUUUAGAUAAGUUGUUUUGUUUGUUAGAGACUUGUAACAAUAGGAAGUUUGUUUUGUCUAUUUAA